AUGGCUGGUGGAAGGAAAAUGGCUUUCUGUGGAGUCUUUGUCACAACUGUGCUGGCUGUGAUGCUACUGCCAGCAGGAGAAAGUAUCCAGGAGAAAGCCGCUGCUGCAGCCAGUCACAGGAGACUGAUCCGUAACCGCAGGAACAUCAGCUGGUACAAGCAGCACUCCGACUUCUGGAACUGGUACAAAUACUUCACAGAUGCUGGCAACCAGGAGGCAGUUCAGGAGAUGGACCGCAUCUAUCUGGCCUAUCUACAGAACAAGAACCGUGCCGAGGGACGCCGUUCCUAUAAGUCCUACUUGCGCCAUCUUGGGGAUGUCUACAAGUCAUGCGCCGAGUCUGAUGACUCGGAUUGCGUGGCCUCGUACACAAGCAGAACCAAAGCUAACCCAGAGCCACCCAAACCUGCGCCAAUGAAAACCUGUGACCCGACCAAGGAUGCGUACUGUCUGUACACUGCUUUAGUCAUGGGAAAGAGUCCGUACCUGCCGCUGGUACUCCCCGCGUCCACACCCGCACCAACACCAGUUAAGGCUACAUCUCAUUACACCCGCUCGCCCGUUCCCGAAAAGGCUGCACAUUCAGGGCAUUACUACAACUCUCCGUCCACAGUGCCUUUCCUUACAAAGGAGCAGAAAGCGGAGUUGCUGCGUAUUUGCUCUGCUGAUGAUGUAGAGUGUCUGCAGUACCAUUUGAAAGCUGCCUACGGGUAUGCAGCACCCUCCACUGGCGCACUCCCUUCCUACGCCCACCUUGGCUGUGACCCCAUGAAAGAUCCUUAUUGUCAACAUAAAAUGGCCCAGAAAGGGCCCUCUGCUCUAAGUACACAGUACCCCUCCUGUGAUCCACUCCGGGAUCCCUACUGCUCACACACAGCCUCUCCUGGGGCAUUGCGUGCACUUGCCACCACUGGAUCCUGCAACCCUCUGUUUGAUGAAGGCUGCAACCCACUUACUGCCACCAGAUAUGCAAAUUCACCAGCAUCCUACCAAAGUGAAGAAAGAGACAAGGCUGCUGCUAUUCGUGCCCCACCUCCUGCUGCUGAGCAAUAUAACGAUCCAUACGCAAUGUUUAGGGAUCCUUAUGCUAAUGCAAACAGAGUCAAUGAUCCUUACGCUAUGUACCGCCAAGCUAGUGCCCCUUCUAAUGAUUUAUACGCUACACUACGCCAGUAUAUUGCCAAAUCCCAAACCAGGGACCCCUAUUCUGCACGUAUGGACUCCACUCCAGAGGCUAACCCUAAUGACCCUUAUUCUGUUCUUCAUCAAGCGAGUGCCAUGCAUCACCGCAGCCCUCCCACCAGUGGGCAACAGUACACUUUCUCCCAUUCCAGUUAUGAUGACCCUCCACAGGAGGAACGCCACUCAUUGGGCCCCCCAGGUAAAACCAAAGAGGGCUAUGACUGCUUCAUUGGCUAUGAUCAACAAUGCUACCCCGUGAAACCCAGUGAGCCACGUUCUGGAUCUAACCGUCGUAUCCCCUACCCCGCCAUAGCUUCCGAGCCCCACCUUAAUGCAGACGCCCGACGAGAUGGAGUCAUUGAGCCUUCCAACCCACACUGCGAUCCAGAGUAUGACCGCGACUGUCGCUUACGUCGCUACGAGUCUGAGGAAGCCCACACUGAGGCCCAAGUGGAGCGCAGCAGAGAGGAUGAGCACAGUCAGGAGGACUCAGACAGUGAGCAAUAUGAGGCGGAGCCUUUCCAAAGUGGUCAGGAGGAACCCCGCAUGCCCUACCCCCCACAUUCCCAGGGAAUGCCAAGCCUCCAAGACAUACUGAGGCACUACAGUGACCAGUACCCUGAGCAGGAUGAUCACAGGUCUUACGCAGAUGACUACCGCAACAAAUAAA